CCAUUGUAUUCUAACCAAGAUUGUUUUCGAGUGUGAAGGGAGCACCAUGGCUUGGCGUUCAACAGGAAAGACUCAUCAGCAACUUAUUGCGGCGUGAUCACGAGUGAGCCCGUGGCGGAAGCCAUGCUGCAAGUGGACCGGGCUGAUUUCUGCGGGCAAUCACCCUAUGCGGAUUCGCCUCAGAGCAUCAGCCACAAUGCCACGAUUUCGGCUCCCCACAUGCAUGCCUAUGUUUUGGAGUUGCUUCAGGAUCAACUUAGACCGGGAUCGCGGGCUUUAGACGUGGGAUCGGGGAGUGGAUAUUUGACGGCUUGCAUGGCUAAAAUGGUUGGCGACAAUGGCACAGUGGUUGGUAUCGAUCACAUCCAUGAGCUAGUGUCGUUUGGCACCAAAAACAUUGGAAAAAGUCAUUCUUACGAGUUGGAGAAGGGAACCAUUAAAUUGAUUGUCGGAGAUGGACGAAAAGGUUUCCCGUCAGAAGGGCCUUAUAACGCUAUCCAUGUUGGGGCUGCAGCUGAGUGUAUUCCACCCAAGUUGAUAGAACAAUUAGCCAACGGCGGGCGAAUGGUUUUACCUGUUGGUCCUCGAAACGAUGAUCAAUAUCUGGAACAAGUGGAUAAGUCUCAAGAUGGCAAAAUUACCAAAAAAACAUUAAUGGGUGUCCGAUAUGUUCCUCUCACAGAUAAAGAAAAGCAGUGGCCGGGAUGAUGUUCAACAAUUUGAUUUUUUUGGUCAAAAAUUGGAUGUGAAUUUGGCAUGAGCGUAGAAAACUUUGAGACAAUUGUCUGCACUGGUUUGUGGUUAAUGUUUCUGUCAUCAAAUACACGGUUUGUCGGUUUAACAAAA